AUGAUUCUACUAUUCCUAUCACUACUCCAUCAACCCAUCACCACUCAUCCCACGCAAAUCGCCACAAUCUCAUCGGCUUUUCAUCGAGUUAUCGGCAAUGUAACAGUGCUCGGCAUUCCCGAGGGACCGACAUCGUGGGAAGAUGAGGCCCAGAUGCGAGAUCGAAUGGCCCUUUAUGCAAAGGAGAAAUUCGCUAAAGGAUCUCAUCAUUGGAGCAUCGAUGAUCACAAAGAAAUACAACGGAAACGAGAGAAGAGAGAUGGAGGCUCGUUGAGUGUCCCAAUCGCGACCGCUAUCGUUACCGGAAUGAUUGGAAUGACCACAAAAACCGUACAGGAUCUCGUGAAUGCCCAAUAUAGCGUAUCAAGUGGAGGAUGCGCAUGGUUUGGAACGGCUCCUAUGUGCAACUACCCGUGCCCAUCCGAUUACGAUUACAUUCGAGCACACACUGGAAGAUGUUCAAACUGGUGGCUUUCUGGGUUCUGUGUUCCAGAUGAAAGUUUCGGUAAGCCAUGCUCAACAGUUCUCGGCGAUUAUUUCCGGAAGCGAUUUUGUUGCAAGUCCGACCCUAUGGAAUGUACUUGGAGUGGAAGGUGGAUGGGUGCGAAUACAGCUCAUAACAUCUAUUGCAGAUACGAUAACGCUAUUGGGCAAUGUGGAGCGCUUGAUUGUGCUAUCAAUCACGAACAAUUCAAAGCUCAAAAUGCAAGCGAUAUCGUUGGAGAACGGUGCGAUAGACUUAAUCUUUUUGGACUUCGAGGGAAGGCUACAUGUGGUUACAUUGCAUGGUUUGACGAAAGCGGUCAAAUUGUUAAUAGCUGGUACAAAACAAAG